UCCACCGAGAAUCUGAUUUUGGUUGAAUUGAAAGAUUUCUUCUUCACCCAACGUGGGAAAAAGGAUGAGUUCCACACAAGAAUCUGAUGGAGAUUUUCAAUCUUGGUUUGGCAGUUCUAAAUGGAAAACUGCAUUGUAUGUUGGGUUGCCACUGUUGGGUGUUGGCGUUGUAUGUGUUUAUUUAUGGAAGAGGCGGUCGGUUGAAGAUACAACACCUAGACCAAACGAAGACGUUGAAACCCCAGAACCAACACUGACUCCAAAAGAGGAGGCUCAAAAAUCAAAGUUGAAGGGAAAUGAACUAUUCAAAGCAAAGAAAUAUGAAGAGGCCAUUGAGUGUUACUCUUCAGCUAUUAGUAUUUGUCCUAAGGAGAACAAAGCAGAUUUGGCAAUAUAUUUCCAAAACAGGGCUGCUGCUCAUGAACAAUUGAAAAACUAUGAUGAUGUCAUAUCAGACUGUAAACAAGCCUUGCAAUACAAUAAAAAAUAUACAAAAGCUUAUUUAAGAAGAGCUAAAGCAUACGAAAUGUUGGACCAAAAACAGAACUGUUUGCAAGAUUUGACGGCUGUCUCCAUGAUAGAAGGAUUGCAAAAUUCUUCAUGGAUGGUUCAAAUGGAUCAGAUACUGAAACAGAUAGGGACUGAAAAAGCUGCAGAACAUUUUAAAAAUCGCGUUAGUGUUUUGCCAUCAAACGUCUUUAUUAAAGCAUAUCUGGAUUCUUUUUCUGAAGAUGUAACGUUGACUUUGGAUGAGAGUGAUAAUGUUGAAACAGAGCCAUAUCUUCAAGCUGUUAGAGAAGCACUUGAUGAUAAAUUUGAUAACAUCAUCAGUCUUUGCACAAAAGAAAUUGAUAAACCUGAACCAAGUCCAUAUUUAGCAAAAGCAAUAUGCCUACGCGGUACCAUGCAUACGCUAAUGUCGAUGCAAACCGAAGCCUUGAAAGACUUUGAUCGAGUUAUCAGUUUAGAAGAUGCUUCUGUUAAGGUCAAAGUGAAUGCUCUAGUAAAAAGAGCUAGCAUCAAGGUUCAAAUGACCCAGAACACGCAGGAAGCAUACAAAGAUUUCAACGAAGCAAUAAAGCUGGAUCCGGAGAAUGGAGAUAUUUUCCACCAUAGAGGACAGAUCAACGCUUUAACUGAUAAACUUCCCGAAGCCAAAGAAGAUUUCGAGAGAUGCGUGGAAAUCAACCCAUCAUUUGUUUCAGCGAAAGUUCAACUUGCCUUUUGUAUUUAUAAAACAGCAAUGACGCAACAGUCAACGUUGUUGCUUCAGGGGGCAAAGCGAAUGUUUAACGAUAUUAUUGCAAGCCAUCCAACGCACGCAGAUGCUUACAGCUUGUUCGCCCAGUUGAACCAAGAAAUGCAAGACUUUGAUGCUGCCGAUAAAAAUUUCGAUACUGCUAUUUCGAUCGAGCCAAAUAAUCCUGUGCAUUACGUUUACAAGGCAUUGUUGGUUUGCCAGUGGAAACGAGAUAUUCAAAAAGCAAUGGAUCUUUUAAAGAAAGCUGUUACUCUUGAUCCAAAAUGUGACUUUGCGUUUGAAACACUUGCAACGCUACAAGUCCAAAGUGGAGAGUUUAAGGAAGCGAUCGAGAAUUUUGACAAAGCUCUUGAACUUGUACGAAGUGAAAGUGAGAUGGCACAUACCUUCUCUAUCCGACAAGCGGCUCUAGCUCAAGAAUAUGUGACUAAAGUGAUUGGCCUCACGCCUCCCAGACUGUUCUAAGACUUUAGGACAAUAUAUAUGACCUGUCCUUUCCGGGACAUGUGAUAAAGUUGAUUGUUAAUUGGCCUUACUUUUAUUGAAAAAAAUAUUUUAUUAGUGA